UUGAAUCGGUUUGUCACGUACCUUUCUUCUUUCCUCCUGCAUUUAAUAUAACUCUGCACACGUUUCAAGCACUUCUGCGCAGCAGAACCCCUUCCAGAUGGUCCUGUGGUAUCUCUCUGUGACUGGGAAUGAUGAAGUCCUCUGCACAUACAGAAGAAGAUGACUUUGUGCCAGAGCUUCAGAGGAGCAUCCAUCCCCGAGAGAGGCCAGAUUGGGAGGAGACUCUCAGCGCUAUGGCAAGAGGUGCAGAUAUCCCUGACAUUCCAGGGGAGUUGCCACUUCGGACUUGUGGCAGCACAGCAAGUAUGAAAGUGAAGAAUGUGAAAAAAUACAUCAACCCGGGACUGAUGGGCUGUGAUGCCUUUCACAGGUUAUCCUUUACAAAGGGUCAUUUCCCGAAGAUGGCUGAGUGUGCACAUUUCCAUUAUGAGAAUGUGGACUUUGGCAACAUACAGCUUUCGCUCCCGGAGGAACAGAAUGAAGUAACAAGAAACGGCUGUGAAUCCAAGGAACUGGUCUACCUUGUGCAGAUCUCUUGUCAGGGAAGGAGCUGGAUUGUGAAGCGGAGUUAUGAAGAUUUCCGAGUACUUGAUAAACAUCUUCACCUAUGUAUUUAUGACCGACGCUUCUCCCAGCUGUCAGAGCUACCCCGCUCCGAUGCCCUGAAGGACAGUCCGGAGCUUGUCACCCAGAUGCUGAUGGCUUACCUGUCACGUCUCUCAGCCAUCGCAGGCAACAAGAUAAACUGUGGGCCAGCCCUCACAUGGAUGGAGAUUGAUAACAAGGGGAAUCACCUGCUAGUCCAUGAGGAAUCCUCCAUUAACGUUCCUGCUAUCGCUGCUGCCCACGUUAUUAAGAGAUAUAUUGCUCAGGCAGCAGAUGAACUGUCCUUUGAGGUGGGAGACAUUGUGUCUGUUAUUGAUAUGCCUCCAAAGGAGCUGACCACAUGGUGGAGAGGCAAACAUGGAUUUCAGGUUGGAUUUUUUCCUAGUGAAUGUGUUGAACUAAUUAAUGACAAAGUUCCUCAGUCUGUGACCAAUUCUGUGCCAAAACCAGACAGGUAUAUCGUUUCAGUGUGGAAGCAGACAGGGAGUAAACAUACUAACGCGCUCCGAGCUGCCAGAUCUCGUUCUUGAUAGGGCAGACUGAAGAUGUGCUCUCAAUAUUGA